UGUUGUGACCAGUCCUGGAACUGCUUUAGCUGGUGCGGACUUUAGUACUCAUACUCAACAACUAACUUUCUCUCCUGGAAAUAAUGGUCCACAAUUAGUGCGAAUACCAUUGGUGGAUAACAAUCGUGUAGAGGAAGACGAGCAAUUUUCUGUCUUAUUAUCAACUACGGAUUCAGAUGUGAAAAUCAUAAACAGUCCAGCAACAGUUACUAUUCAAGAUAAUAAUGGUAUGUACCUAACAUUUAUCCCAAUAGAGGUCACCAAAUGAAUACGCACACGAGAGAAACUUACUGAGCUAUAUAAUCGCCUCGCGUGGCGGCUAGCUCAGCUAUGCAUCUUCACCGCACACGUUUGGAAAUCGUCUCCACAACAACAUAAAUCAUAAUUGACAAAUUCGUUUGCAUUUUCCUCUAUUGUGUUCAAAGUCACAUGAAGAGACUAUUGUAUCUCAUUGGCUGAUUGAUGCAAGCAGCUCAGCACUAAGCUCACAACAUCCGCAGACGUUGAGAUUUUUUCCUCGCGAGGUGAAAAAUACCAAACACGAUCGAUAUUUUCCUCAAGGCCUCGAGAGAUUAAAUCCUCACGAAAACUAUCCGCACACGAGAAAAACGUGCUGGGCUAGCUGCCACGCGAGGCAGUUAGCUCAGCAAGUUGCUCUCGUGUGCGGCGGGCUUCAGUAUAUAUUCGCGGUGUAGGUUUGUUAGAUUGUUCGUUAGUUUGAAAUCAUUUAUUCAAAAAUGUAUUUGUUUUGCGCAUGCUCCAGUGCAUCGCACCGUGGAACUACGUCUUGUUUGUUGAUAUCACUUUCUGUAUUGAUGCCGCAUAGCCAAUCGACGAAUAGUGACUGUCACGAAAAUUGGCAAACCCCCGAUAGUGUUUGGUGAUAAUUUUGGGCGACUUCACCAUUCAAAAAACGUUUGAAUUUAUGUUAAUACUGGGCAACAGCUAGGUUAAAUGAUCGGACAAGACAAUGGCAUUGCAUAAUUUAUUAUCAUGUAUAAAACCAUUAUUUUCUUCCACGAACACAAACAAAACGAUUUCUACAUCACAAACUUUGGCCGAAUAACGUGGUUAUUGACCAUGUUAAUUAAUUAUGAACAUCUCAAAACAUUAAGGCCAGUGUGACGAUGAAAACAAUCAUAUUUUAUAUAUUAUGCAUGGUUGUUACGAACUCUUAAACCUAAGAUUUUUAUCUUUUUUAAACAGUUGCUACCGUGAAAUUCCAGUCCAGUACUUAUCAAGUUAAUGAAGGUGCUGGUCAAAUCACUGUGAGACUUGAUGUUACAGGAAUACGAGAUGUAGCAGUAAUUGCCAGGUAAGGACAUUAAAUACAUGGAGGUAAAAAUCUCACAUCUUGCAAGAUUAAGCACUCAGUGGUAGAGGAUCUUAUACAGCGCAGUACUGACAAACGAUUUCACGUAAUAUGCAAGGAUAAGUGGUUAAAGAAAACGGGUUAGUGUCAAGUGCAACAGUUUUGAUGCUAAGUUUAAUUAUAUAGUAAGGCUACCGAUAAAAACAUUUCAGCGUUGUCUGAGUAAACAUUGCAACCGCCAACCUAUAAUAUUUUUUCAUGUAAUUUAAUUUGUACCGUAUAACAUAGAGAUAAAUGGAGUGGGACUCUACGUAAAAUGAGCAUAUUCUCUCGCCAAAGCCCAGUCCUGCCAUACUUUCAACCAAAAUUUGUUGCUUAUGUUCGUAUUUUAAUUUAGUUCUUUUGUUAAAGCAAAAUUUGGUGCUUUUGUUCAUACUUUCAUCUAGUUCCUCUAUAGGGCAAUUUCAUCUCACAUUUGUGUUUAAAAUACCUUUCCGCCAUUUUUUUGUUUUGAGAAAAUCUUUGAGAAAUAACUGUACUCCUCUCAACCAAUCAGCAUUCAGUAAUUUUGUCAUGCUAAUAAUAAAAGCUGUAAAAGUGUUAUACAAGCUGUAAAAGUACUGUAUUAUACAUCGUUUGAAACUUCGUUGCCUUGGACGCGUGUAUCAUAUUGAUCUCUGGCUCGGGUGUAUUUUUAACAAUUUGCGAAUGAGGUUGAGCAUGAAAAAUUAUCGAACUCAAAGUUUGUGUCAUCAACCAAAGGCGAAGGAUGAAGUUGAUAACACGAACUGAGGGCUUGAUAAUUCUUCAUAUCUUGCAAAAAUCGAAUUCAAUAAUUGUUUCAUUAUUUAUUUAAAAGUUGAAAAAGAUUAAUAUCCGCACCCGUGGGUUGAAAUUGUCAUAAUAAUGACCAGUUCUUUCCUUAUGUGCAGACAAUCUUUCCUUUCUUCUUUCAUAAGUACCUUAUUAAGAUUUUUCAAAACAUUUUGUCGCGGUUUUCAUCGAUAUUUUUCCUUAUAUAUUUAAAAGUUGUUUCCUUCAAACUUGGAAACGUCGCCGAAGGCGGCGCAAUAUUGUUUUGGUCGUGUUUCCACAAUUCGUAUUCGUAUUUUCAAGCACGAUAACGUCGUAAAGUGGAAUAUGAAUUUUCAUAUUUAACGUUAUGACGUCACUCCGUUGAAUAGUAUUUCAAAAUUCCAUAAUUAUUUGAUGAUUUCACAAUUGGCGGUUAGCCAAUCAGAAAAUUUAAACAUGAAUCUUUUAAAAAUAUUAUUAAAUGGUUAUUUCUUUUAUUGCGGUAAAAGUCUUCGUUAUUAAUAGAAAAUACAUGAUCUAUUGAUAGGCUGAAUACUGCAAAUAUUGGAGCAACGGCUGGAUCGGAUUACACCAGUAUCGUGGACAAAAAUAUCACUAUUCUCCCUUCCGUUACUGUAAUAUCUGAAACAAUCGCUAUUUCGGAAGAUGGGAUUCUCGAAAAUAAUGAAACAUUCUCUGUAACUGUUGCAUCACGAAGUUUACCUCAUUUAGUAACAGCUGGUCCUGCAGUCGCAAUUGUUACUAUAGAAGACAAUGAUGGUAAGGAUUUCAGUGAUGCACUAAUAUUACAACACGUUACUGUAAUUUCCAUCUGAAUUUAAUCAUAAUUAAUUGAAAAUUAACAUGGAACGGAAGGCCGGAGAUCUCCAAAACAAUCGAGUUCCAAGAUGUGUUAGAAAGAGACCUGGAUGAGAGCACAAAGUCUUUGUCGUAAAGUUGCAAAUAGAUAAUUACUUCAAUAUAUGGGAAUACUAUUAUGCCUUCACUAACCCUGCAAACUAAUGCACAAUAUCAUGUGAAUAGAAACAUAAAUACAGUAUAGUGUCCAGUUUCUCUCAACUAUGAUUGUUCGAUCAAUUUCAAAUGUCAUUUGACAAAGUAAAAUAAAAUAUUCUUUAAUAUUUUUAUUAAAUGAUGUCUAUUUUUUUGUUUUCAAGUGGUAUCCGUUCGAUUUUCUCAAUCAUCAUAUUCCACUGAAGAAGAAUUAACUCAACUCAAUGUUCAAGUCAUUGUCGCAGGACAACUCCAGAGGCCUGUGCAAUUAAGGUGAUUUAUUAGAUACUUCACUGCAAUCAUGGUUCUCUGAAACUAGAAAACUAGAAACUAUAUAUAUUAUAUAUUCGACAUGCAAAUUUUCUAGUUUCAGGUAAUCAUGGGAUUUACAAUUCAGAAAAUAGCAGUCGAUUAACCUCACAUUAAAUUGUGAAGUAUUCUGAAAUCAACAUUUGACACUGUAAACUUUUACAUUUUUAUCCAAGUAGCUUCACAAUGCAGGAUAUGCCGUUUUGGGGAAGCAAAGUUUUUACCGGGGCAGCAUGCCCCCGUACCUUCUUAGCAUUGUGACUCACGCAUUAUAUAGUACGUCCUGCAUCCAAAAAAAGUGACGACGCCACUGCAAGCCGUACGGAAAGGCGAAAACAAACGAAGUGAAUUUCUAUUCACAGUUUUAAUUUCAAUAAUUUAUUUCAUUUCAUAAACACAUCAACAAAUUGAAACUUUUCUCUGUUUUCAGUUUAUCAACAAGGGACCAAAGUGCAACUCAAGGGAAUGAUUAUCAACAAAACACCGUGUCGUUAACUUUCAACCCUGGUGACCCGCAGGAAAGGAAUGUUCCCAUUCAGAUACUGGAAGAUACUCUGAUUGAAAACACAGAGACUUUAUCUGUUGAACUAACCACCACAGAUACGGAUAUCGUAUUUUCAAAUGGAAACACUGCAUCCAUCAUUAUCACUGAUGAUGACGGUAUGUUAUCUCUGGUUUUCCGAUUCUGUUGCCAGUUACGUGAUACUGGAACGCUUUAUCCAGAAAUGAAUGAUUCCAGAAUCGCAUGGCCGUAGGUUCAAUUCCUACCAGAGGACGUUGUGCUGCAUUUUUCGCGGUCGUUUCUGAUUAGGUCUGAAAAUGUAUAUAUACUCACUUAGAUUACAAACCCUAUAAAAACAGCAUUCUAAUAUUACCAAUUGAAGUGCAGAAGCCAAAUCAUUGAAGUCCACCUUAUCCAGAAAUGGAUCAUCAUUCAAGGCGACUUAGCCGACUGAUGAUUCGAUCAGCUGUCUCAGUAUAAACACAAGACAAACUAUCUAAACGAACUUUCCAGACGAAUAAUGCAGACAAACUAGCUAGAAAAGUAUAAUUAAUACUGGGGAAAUGUCGUCAAAUUAACUAUACGAUACUAGUUGUGUUGCAAAAUCCACUAACUACCUAAAGAUAUAGUUCGUCAAAUGUGUCGUAUUUAUACACAUGAACGGUUACUAGUACGCUUAUUCAGACGAGCUAUGUAGAAUUAGCUUGUCUUGAAGUAUGAUCUGUCUGUUUGCCAACCACCUUCCUUACAGAGUCCAGCGGAAGUUGUGCAAUUUUAUACUAGUACUGACUAAAUUUUUGUGUUUCAAAUCUAGUUGCCAGUGUUUAUAUUCCAAAUGAUGCGUAUUCAUAUAAUGAACAUGAUGGUACAGCGAACAUUCCUGUAAUACUGCAAGGAAAUCUUGCAAUUCCUGUCACUGCCAGGUAAAGUGGGCUAUUUGUUACUUAGUUAGGUCAAUGUAACCUCUGUAUGUCAAGUUAUGUUGUCACUUACGUUAGUUUGCGCAAAGUCGUGUUUUGGCAUUCGAACACACCGCAAACGCCAUUACUUUUGCAUCACAGGACCAUUCAGAAAAAAACAUUUUUGCGUCAUCGUUUCAUUUUCACUCUGCAAAGUACAAUCGAAAUUUACGUUGUCUCGAGAGGAAUUCAAACUCACAGUUUCACAUCUCUUCGUUCUCGUUUCAAGUUUUGUUUAAUUUAAGAGCACAAAUACAAAAACAUUCAUGAAAUGAAUUUAUCGCUUAUCUUCAGGUCAAAGGCCUUUCGAGACUUUGGACGGCUGGGUCGGGGGGGAGGGGUGAAUAGGGGUAUACAAAUCCGACGAUCCGCCCAAAUUUGAAGCAUAAUCCGCCGUCCGACAAUGGUCUUGUCUAAAUUUGGAUCCGCUAAAAGCUCUACUAUAAAGUCACAAUCCAGGAUCCGAACUAAAUAUAUUGCAAGCAAAAUCCACAAUCCGAGACAAAAUAUUAGAUAGAUCCGCAAUCCGCUGUAUUAAUAAGAUCCGCAAAUCCAUGUAAAAUAUUCGUCAAAUCCGAAAUCCGAACAAUUUUUUCGGCGGAAACCGACGAUCCAAAAACCUAUUCACCCCCUCCCCCCCCCCUCCCCGGGUCGGGACAUGUUAUAUUAGCAGAGAGUUCGUGUCGAAAGAUUUUCCAUUAUUUCAUAUAAAUUCCCCAUGAUAGAAAAGAUUACGCUCAAAUGAAAGCAAGUAAUUUUUGUCAUUUCUUGCUCUGGAUUAUUUUUUUUUGAGUGUUUUUGAACACAGAUAGCAAUUGCAGCUACUACGAUUUGCCGUCUUUGCAUAACCUGGUCUGUAAUACAUAUACGUAUAUGCUAAUGUUAUUUUGACUUACUAGAUGGUCUACCCAACAUAAUACAGCUACCUGGCCGUCUGAUUUCACUGUAAUUACGAAUCGUGAUAUAGUAUUCAGACCAGGAGAACCUGCAUUGCAACAAUUGCAAGUAAAUAUUCUUGAUGAUGAUGUUGUUGAAAGUACAGAGCAGUUUUCUGUUGUCUUGAAUACUCAAGAUGCGAAAGUUACAAUUGGAACGCAUGGAACUGCCACAGUUUCCAUUAUUGAUAACGAUCGUAAGUAUAUCACACGAAGUGCACCAGAAUUGCAAGGCCGCCAGGCUCGAUUACUGCCAGAGAGGCCCUAUACUGCUAUUGUUGCAUUUUUUGCAACUAUACUCCGGGAUAGGCCUAAUAAAUAAAUAAGAUUUAGACUCAAAUUUCCAUCUACAUUGUUUUAUGUCUAGUGUCAUGCUAAGCCGCUUCAAUGAACGUUGUCCUCUAAAGAUCAGAAAUGACAACGACAAAACUCCACAUCUAUAGCACGAAAACCUAAUGGACCAAUUUAUGUCUCUUUGUUAAUGUUUCCACUUGUUCGUAGUGCUUUUUGUGCUUAGAGGCCAAGGUUUUCCCGCUUUGGAUUUGACUCUGACUGUAUUCGAAUUCCUUUCUGGGAACAAAAUCAUUCGCUUAGUAUGAUGUUGGUAAUAAUAUACUGUAUGUCAGUUACAUUCAUGGGUUCAGUGUAUAUAGAGGGGCACUCAUUAAAUAUUCUUGGCCAGCAGUAGUGUUCGACCUGAAAUGAGUAUAACUGGAACGCAGACUCUAUCUCCAACUGGAAGAGCGCGGUCUAUCCAUCAACAUGAAUAUGCAUUCUUGAAAACAGGAUUACAAUUUACAAAAAUAGUUUUAAUUAACAGCGCUCUAUUAAUGCAUUUAUUCGGGCAAAGCGUCCUUGUAUACUUUAUAUUUAGCUUUUUCUCAUGAUGGUUUAUUGAUUCGUUUCGGAAUAUUCAUAACGGAAUCACAGUGAUUCAUUUCAAUGUAUUGAACUAUUCAUGGUGGCUGAUUGUUUUCAAAAUAUUCAGGAUAUGCGCCACACAGGGAAAUUAAGAGUGGCGGCGUUACCAAUCUGAUAUAAACCUUCACAGGGGGUUAAGAGUGGUUCUCCGACGAAUUUCUAUGUAAUUAAAACCUUAUUUUCUGUUUUUAAAUUCAUUUAUGUCAGAACUUCGAGUAAACUUUUCAUCGUCACGUUACGAAGCAGAUGAAGAUUCAGGCUUUGCUUUGGUUGGUUUGGUUCUUCACGAUGUCCUUGAAACUACCACAAGCGUUAGGCAAGUAUUGAAACACUAAUCUACAGAAAAAUUGAUAGUCGUAUAAAUAACCCCACACUGCAGGGGCGUUUAUAAGUUUUACAUAUUCAAUUAAGUUUAACAUUUUUUAGUGUAAACGCUUUGUAAAUUAUGAGUUAGCAUUGGAACAGAAGGAUUAUUUGGUGUCAGACCAUGGAAUUUGAACAGCUUUGACUUUAUUCACAUAUACAUGGUGUAUGAAAAAACGCAAUGGAAAUUCAACAUGCUGUUGUGCAUCAUAAACUUUAGCUAAACAAUUCAAUUUUUACAUAGGACGAAAAAGCUAUUAUUUAGCUUCUCUAUGAUACUUUUUAAAAUCGUAACGAUGAGAAAUGGCCACAUAUUCGUCAAAUAACAAUUGCCUGUCGAAAUUACAUUUUUUCACCGCUUGGAAUUCAAAAAACAUUAAUUAAUAUGCAAAGUUUAUCAAUCCAAAAGCAACGCGAGUCAACCUCGUUCCCAGGGUCUUUAGGAAAGACCUUGGGAACGAGGUUGACUCGCUGCCUCGUCCAAAAUUUAGCGCCCGAGGGGGUUUGGGGAAAGUAUCAAAUUACAAAUAGUUAAAAACAUAAAUUUUGCGAAAUAUUGACUUCAAAAUACCUGCUAGUUUUUGUUAAUUUUAUUUGCUUUGAAUUUACAAGAGCAUUCGUACAUUUUUACCAACAGUUAAGUCAAGAAACCAAGCAAAUCGUUACUCGCAGUGCUCUCUCGUGUUGUCAAUGCUCUCUUCACACUCGAGCGCGGUUUUACAACAAACGUUUAAAUUAUGGGCUUUUCAGUGGUCAUCAUUUCUACAUUUGUAAUGUUUUUAAAAUACGCAUAUUAGAUGUGUUCUUGUAAACGUUGAUAUGCUUUGCAUCGAUUUACUUGUUACUACGCGUUUUGUUUUUAAAAGAAACAGUAUUUUAUUGUCUAGCAUAGCAAAUCUGCAAAUGUAAACAUUUGCCUAGCCAAACAGAGAUAUGUCUCUUAUUUCUUUAAAAUUUUGGAUUUAGUACAUAAUUCGUAUUUGGUAAUUAUAGUCAGGCUUUACUCCUUUAGCCUUUUUCUUGGUCUCUAUUAAUCAUGUUUUCCUAAUAUUCUAUAUUCUAUAUCACAAAUUUACAGUGUCAGAUGCUGAGAUGCGCACAAACAGUCAUACAUAUUGACAUAAAUUUUCGAGUUUUCUACUUCUACUGACAUUUUUAAAGUUUUCAUUGUGGAUCAUCUGUUUAUCUCUAGUUCAUUAGUCAUUGUGCUACUAUUAAGUAAAACAAGUCUCAAAUAUAUUUGUAUAUUUGUUUGAUAACGUCAUAGUGAUACAUGUAUUUACACACAAGCAAACCUGGAUAUGAUAGAGACGAUGCAAGCUGUCCAUUAAAAAAUAACGGUAUUCUAUUCCACAAAGCAAAACAUUUAAAUCUCACUUGUAUUGUUAAGAAUAUAGAUAUAUAAAGCGAAAAAUUAACUGAGCUUGUGUCAAAACGAAAGCUAUUUAUAAAAUGUAAAAAUGUGGUAACACUACUAAACAGUGCUCAUUCUCAGACAUUGAAAGACAUAUAUAAUAUAUUGUCGUUUGACUUAUCUUCGAUGCAUGAUUUUAAUACCGUAUAUUUUCAACAGACAGUUCGACUUUGGCAUAUACCAUGAUCGUUGAGUUUCAGCAAUUCCAAGGGUCCUGCAUUGGCCCUUUAUACGGGAUUUAAAGGGAAAUGGCAAUAUAAAUUUUUAUUUUCUCAUUUUAAAGAACUUUUGAAAAUAUAUAUUAACCUCUUUUACCGAUUUUUCAUAUCUCGCUUAGUUCGUGAAAUAUUUUCACUUGAAAUAAUGAGAUGUUCGCCAUCUUGGAUAUUUUUUUUCUCAUCACGGUAGUUUUGGUCACAACAGGGAUUAACGAUAUAAAAGUAUUCGUUCCUGACCAAAUAUUGAUUGGUGGAUGUUUUAAAGGUUUUGAGUGAUCUUGAUAUUUCGAAGGGCAGACAGAGUAUAGUUUUGAGUGCAAAUGAUGUCCAGAUAAGAAUAUUGCGUGACCUCUGUUGUGACUGUUGUGACGUGACAUACAUAUCCACAAAAAUCCAAGAUGUUGGACAUUUCAUUCCUUUCAAUCAAAAUACUUGUAGAAGUAAUCAAGGUAUGAAAAAACGGUAAAAGAGUAUUAUAUAUAAUCUUAAAAGUUCUUUCAAAUAAGAAAAUAAAAAAAUAUGUUGCUAUUUCACUUUAAGUUCGCCAAUAGCAAUAAGGCCUUUAUAAUCAACAAUCUGGGUGUCGUGUAUUUCGGAAAUCAGAAGAUCUCGUUAUUUCGUUGCAAUUCCACAUCUUAUCAAUAAAUAAAUAAAUUCUUUUGGUCCGAGUAUCAGUAACAGUUAAAUAAAUAUAAAUCACAUUGGUCGGUCUAGAUAUAUAUUUUCUUGUAGGCUUUAAUAUAUUGCCACGCCGCCCAUGCGUGCUUUCUUUGGCAAGUCUAUAAGUUGAAAUCUGAUCCAACUUGCUUGAAUUGUAACUCGACACUAGAUUAUAGAGCAGAAAGUCACAUCACGAUAAAUAUUAUUUUUUAAUUGUAGUUUUUUUCACGAUUUCUUGUUGCAAAUUUAAAUUUCAUCACACAAAGUUGCAAAUAUUGUUAUAAACGCGACAAACACGCUCCUCUCCCACCCCACCCAUAGUAUAAUUUUAACCCAGAAUCUGGGUGACACGUGACCAGCCGAAACCAGGGUCUUUCCUUCGCCUUGCGCCGUUCUAAAAAAGACCCUGGGAACGAGGUUGAACCCGAGUCUGCUGAAAGCUAUUUGUUUUAUAAAACGUUUUGAUUACGAAUGUUCGUUCUCUGUUCAGUGGUUAAUUGAACCAUGUUUAGUGAACGUUCUUAAUGUCUCACUGCGACGAAGAAUGACGAGUUCGGCUUAGUUUAGAUAAUUUAACAUUCAAUUUUAAUUCCUUCUUGGGAUUUGUCUAUUUUUAGUUUUCCAUGCAAUUGCCAACGGUGGAAGAAUGUGAUUUCGACCGGCAAUUUUUAUUUGACGAGUAUGUGGCCAUUUCACAUCGUUACGAUUUAAAAAGAGAAUAUUGAAAAACUAAAUAACUGUUCCUUCGUCGGAUGUAAAAAGUAUUUAGCCACGUUUAUGAUAAACGACAGCCUGCUGACUUUCUAUUGCGUUUUUUGUUGUUGUGACACCCUGUGUAUAAACCUUCGAUAAUAUUCUUCAUCAGUCCGUGAAGAGAACUGAUACAGGGUCAGUCCAUAUGAGUCAAGUGGACAUAGUUGAGAUCUCAGUUUAAUAGCUAGAAUUUUUCUUUAUCAACACUUCAAAUGUAAUCACAAGAUGCAGGAUUUUUGUCCUUUUCUCCGACUUUGAUUGAUUUUGACUCGCACUGACGUUGGAAAAUUAAAACAAGAAAAUUUAAUAUCAGUAGAUCUUUCCAGAUGCUAUCUCAGCCGUCAGCGACAUAGAGUUUGUUCAAUCACGAGGGAAAAUAUAUCGAGGAUUCAUAGUGUACAUUGUGUUUAAAUCCUCAUAAGCUUUAUGGAUUCUCAAACAGUAUAUCUUAAUGUAAAUUUUCAUUCCGUUCAACCUAAAGGUUAACACCAUCCAAUGGAACAGCAACGGAGCCACACGAUUUUCCUUUAGUAACUUACACAGUAGUUUUGGAUCCAGGACAACCGCGAACUGUUUACUACAGAGUUAACAUUACAAACGAUAUGUUGGAAGAAUAUAGUGAACAUUUCCUCCUUACUUUGUGGCGAAUUGACACAAAAGUUGUCAUCGUUGAUCCUUCGGUUGCCAACAUAACAAUUGGUGAAAGUGAUGGUA